UUUCUUAUGUAACCUUGUCUGAGAAGAGAUUGCAAAGAAUAUUGGCAUCUUUGGGCCAUCCAAGAUCUCAACCCUAACAAACAUAUCUCCUUCUUUAAUCUGCCCUCCAUUGCCAACCUCUGAGAGAGGGAGUUGAAUCAGUAGGAAGAAUCUUUCUGCAAUGUUUCCUUUACACCAAGGCAAUGAGCUGUUGUUCCGAAUCCCCUAUACACCCUCCAAACAAUAUAUAAUCCAACAAGAUAUGAUCCUGGAUCACGCUUCGCUGGAAGCCAGUAAUCUUAGCAACCAUAAAGGAAAAAGCCCGAAUCGAAAAUUAUUUGCUCAGGACAACAAUGAUGAGAUUUCUAAUGAUGGUAAGAAGAAGAAGAAGAAGAUUGUGCAUCGAGAUGUCGAACGACAAAGGAGGCAAGAUAUGGCUACCCUUUACACAUCACUUAGAUCGCUGCUCCCUCUUGAAUAUAUCAAGGGAAAACGUGCGAUAUCUGAACACAUGAACGGGGCUGUGAAUUAUAUCAAACACCUGCAGAAGAAGAUUAAAGAAUUGGGUGAAAAGAGGAAUGAGCUUAAAAGUUCGGCUAAUUCCAGCUCUAGGAACUCUUCAGGGAACUUCGUUACAGUGUGUCCUUGCUGGGGAGGAGUGGAGAUUGUGGUCAGUAGUGGUGGAGAAAAGGAAGGGAUGCCUUUGUCAAGAACACUUGAAACACUGCUUGAAGAAGGACUUAGUGUUGUUAGCUGCAUCUCCACCAAAGUAAAUGGAAGGUUGCUGCACACUAUCCACUGCGAGGUGAGUGAUAUAACCAGCAUCGAUCUGCAUGGUCUGCAACAGCAACUCUCUGAUCAAGUGCUUCCAAGUAACACUGCUUUGAGGAAUAUACCCACCAUCUGACCCUUUGAUAGGAAACAGUGAAGUGGUUUUGUUUAGCUCGAUUAGCCAGCAAGUAUCCAAUAUUCCACCCUUUGCAUAUUUUGCUUUGCUUUGGAGAAAUCUAAUGGAAUAUCUGUGAUGAAAACUAGUUUUGGCUUGGAAGUCUUCAAAGUUAAACCUAAUACUUGUGCAGAAUGAUUUUUGUUUGAUCCUAUCCUUCUUGACAUUUGUGCCUU